AUGGAGGGCGUACUGGACUUGCAGCCCGUGAUGACUCUCGAGGAGGAGCUGAACGAGUUCCACGCGCACCACAAGGCACUCGGGUCCUCGCACUUCGCCCUCCUCCCGUCUAACGAUUUCGAGACCCUGAACGACUACAUCAAGUACCUGCACGACGAGAUUCAGAUAGCCAGCGCUGACGUUCAAGUCAACGGUGGUGCCCAAUUUCGGAGGAUGAUGAAUGAGGUUGAGAUUUUCCUCAGGUUUUCGGAGAUAAACGUCGAAACUAAGAAGCGAGACGUAAUCCAAGCCCGUGGCGUCUCCAUGAGCUGCUUGACUUGGAGGGAUGUCGUGGUGAAGUUGUUAAGCAAUGAGGCGCACUUGCCGUUGCAGCGUCGUGUUCAGUAUGUCGGGGAGCGGAUCAAGUGGUUCUUCGAGCAGCAGAAAGAGGCGGUUCUGGCAUUCAUGGACAAGUUGGAGGGCACGCCUUCUGCUAAUCUUUAUUCUCCGCUGUACCCGAAGCACGCCAAGCUCAUAAAGCAGAACUCGAUGAUCAAGCAGCUGGUCUUCAAGACGUACGACAGUGCGUGCCAGCGUCAGCUGGGCCAGUUCGUGGAGCUUUUCGACAAUAUGCUCACCUCGACCUUCUCCAACCCCUGGGUGUUCCUGAAGAGCGCGACGGCCGGCCCGAUGGAGGGCGAGCUGGACGACUGCCCAGUGCCCGACUUCAACGACACGAAGGAGCGGAUCCCGGAGGAGAUCCAGAACCGCGCCGGCAUGGAGACCACACUGUCGAAGUGGCUCUCCGAGAUUCCCACAGGGCCCCAGGAGAUCGACACGGCCGUCGACAAGGUUCAGAUGCUGGUUCUGAAAACCUACAGCUACAUCCGCUCGCAGGUGUGCGACCAGGUGGAGCUGUUCGCAGAGUCGUUUUUCAAACUCCCGAUGCUGCGCCGGCUCGAGGAGGACAUGUCCAUGAUUGACCUCUCUUCGGAAGACCAGGACAACUACCAGUUCAGGAGGGACAAGCUGGGAGCGCAUAUAAACCAAACUCAAGACGGCCUCGUGGAGAUCGAGGCGUGCAUUGACAGGCUCCAGAACUUCAGGCUCCGGUGCGAGGCCAGGAGGUGA